GUUUUAUUGUGACGCUGUGAGUCAAUCCACUACCUUUAUAAAUCCGUUGAACCGAAUGAUUUUGUCAUUAUUCAACAUUGUAGUGCACACACGCACGCACUAAUUUCUAUUUCAUAUACCGUGUCAGCAGCUGUUGCAAAUGUCGCUGUUGGACCCGGAGUCAACCUUGUCUUGCAGCGGGCGUUUGAGCGCUCAGAAGCCGCUAGAUUCAUGCAUCAAAGAGGGCGACACCAGCUCCUCGGGGCCCCUGAGCCAGGCCUGCCCCCCAGAGCUUCACCGCGGGCUCAGUGUUGCCCCCCUGCCUCUGGCCGAGCUUCUUUGCUGCCCUGGCUGCAGCACUUUCCUGCAGCACCCCGUCUCCCUGCCUUGUGGCCACUGCCUGUGCCCGGCCUGCCUUGCCACUCUUCGCAAGAAACAGGCCUGCAAGCCGGCGCUCGUCCCUGCUGAUACCGCCUCCAUCAAUGCCACCCCUGCCCUGGUGGAGCCGUUGGCCGCGUGCCCUCGGUGCCAGGCCAGCUACCCGCUGCUGCCCGGAGCGGCCUGGUCCUUCCCUGCCAACGUGCUGUUGGCGCAGACGGCGCAGAGGCUGCUGGAUGCCCACCCGGAGCUGCGUCAGCCGCAGCGGCGCGUGCCCCACCUGCGCGCCCUGUUCUCCGCGUCCGCCUCCUUGGCGCCGUGCCCGCUGCCCGUGAUGGUGGGCGCGCGCCCGUCGCCCUGCGAGCUGUGCUCCAAACGCCGGCCCGCCCAGAACUACUGCGCCACCUGCCGCCUCCACUACUGUGCCAAGUGCCUGCGCAAGCUGCACGGCAACCCGGCGUACGGCGCCCACACCCUGGCCGAGCCCGUCCAGGAAGCGGAGCGAGAGCUGUGCCCGGUCCACGCCGAGCGCUCCCUCACGCACUUCUGCCAGAGCGACGGCGCCCUGGGGUGCCACGGCUGCAUGGUGCAGUCCGACGGUGGCCACCACGGACACCUGGUGGCGCCACUGAGCGAGGCACGAACCAGCUCCGAGACCGCGCUAUGCCAGGCACUGGAACACGCCAACAAGGUCCAGCAGCAGUGUGACUCUGACUGGGAGCAGAUGGAGGCUCUGGCGGCGCGCGUGUCCUCCGGCAGCGCUGAGCUCCGCCGCUCCAUCCGCCACGGCUUCCUGUCCCUGCGCAACGCCCUGCUCGACCAAGAGGCGGCGCUGCUCUCCCACUUGGACACCCUGAGCUCCAGCACCGACGCCGUGGCCCAGACCUUCCUGCAGAGCGCCGGCCCACUGCGGGGCUCCCUGGCCGGGCUCAGCGAAAUUGGCAAACAGGCCCUCUUGGAGCCGCGGGCGUCUGUGUUCCUGCAGGGAGCCGCCGGAUUGGCACGCUGGCUGGGGGCACUCAGCGCCGAGAUGCCACGGCCGGAUACCCAUCUGUUGCCCGCCGGGUACCAGCCGCUCGCCGGAGCCGAGCUGCACUUUGACGAGCUCCUGAACGACCUGCAAAGCCUCAUGGGAAAGCACCUGCGCUGGAUGCCCGUCGACACCGACAACUCGGUUGCCAUGCCCACCGCCAUCGCCACGGAGAUGAUCGGCGAGGAGGCGAUCGGGGAGAAGGAGCUGGGUGAGGAGCAGCAGCAGCAGGAGGAGGCUGGCGUCGGGAGGGAGGUGGACGUGGAUGUGGACCCCAGGCCAGGCACUCCCUCGCUGGGCAGUGAGGACGAGGAGGAGCCCCUGGUGACGGAGGAGGAUCUGGGGAUGCCAGCAGGGGACGGAGCAAGAGAGGCCAAAGCCCUGCUGCUGCCCAGACCCCCCAUCCUCUACCAGCACAACGCCUACGGCACCACAGUGGAGGUGUUCUGGAUGGUUCCGAUGGGGGAGGAGGUGCACUCCUUCGACGUGCACGUCCAGGACGCCAGCGUGGGCGUGGCCACCGGGCAGGGCGUGAUGAUGGGCGGAGUCAAAGGCUGCAGCCUUCAGACCUCGGGUCUCCGCCGUGACACGCAGUACCUGUUCCGGGCGCGUUCUAUCAACGAGCACGGCCACGGCGCCUGGAGCCCCACCUACCGGGUGAACACGGGCCGCUCGGAAGAGGAGGAGGAGGAGCAAAGGACCACUCCGGCUCAGGAGGCGUAACCACGGAGACGGGACAUUUUAUUUGACGUCAGUCGCAAAAUCAAGGACUCUACUUUUAUCUUUUUAAAAUGAUCACCUCUUCAAU